AUGAACCUUUCGAGAGCUAGCGGUACUCGAAUAAAGGGUCUUUCACAGGUGAGAUUUUAUCGAAAACGACUCAAGUCUAGAAGCAGUCAUGUAUCACAGGUGAAUAGGCAUCAGAACGACCUCUUCUUGCCGCAGGAAUACAAACUGCGAGCCGAAUCUGCAGAAACAGUGGAGAAAGACUUAAAAAGACUAGGUUUCAAAAGCUUGCAAGAAGCAGGAUCUGUGGAUGACUUGUUUGUGGACUAUCUGGACUCCUCUUCAUCUCCGUUUAAGAAGGCAUCUUCAGAGUUCAGUACGUUGAAGUCGACCUUGGCAAAUGUGGAGAGUUUGGACAGCAGCAAUCGCAUGAAAGCGCUUUUUGAGUACCUGAUUGCAGAAUCAGAGCGGGAAGUGAGGCGACUGGAGAGCAUGGGUCCAGAACAGAUUCAGAAGAUGCAUAAGCGUUCGCAAGCGCACGAGGAUUUCGAAGGAGAUCGAGGAGAGAUCAACUCUGAAAAGGAGCUGGAGAGAGCCAUCAUGAGAGACGUUCAGAACGCUGCAAGGUCUCAAGAUACAGAGGUUCUUUUACCUAAUACUGAACGAAUGUUCAGAAUUCUGUCGGAUUUGAACAUGAGGAAACUGGCAGGGGCUAAUAUUAUCUCAGUAGAGAAUAUGGUAGCCUCAUUCGAGCUGGCUAAAAUCAUACCCAUUCACAGCUUUAGACAAAGGGGAAUUUUGCUGUCUGGGCACUUAAUCUACUCUUUGGGAAACGUGAGAAUGGACCCGGUCAACGAAUCUUUUUACAUCGAGUCCUUGGUAUAUUACGGCUUCUAUAAAAAGGCCCUUGCCCUAUUCAAUUCAAAUCGCCAAAAGGUAAAUCAGCGCUGGUGGUAUGAAAUGGGAAUGAUGGUUUGUUUGAGAGCCAAUCACUUAGCCCAGUUUGAUAACUUACUACAGUACACGUUAGAGGCUUUCGGACCCGAUUACCUCGCACCUAAGGUUUUGCGAACUGCUAUUCGUAAAAAGCUUUACGUUAGAGAUUUUGUCGGAUCCGAAAAGCUUACCAAUUUAUUCUUAAAGACAGUGGCGGCUAAUGGUUGGAGACCCUCCACUUUUGAAGAGCGCAGAAACUCACAGGAAAUCUUUUUUGAUGAUCAAAAGCAAGCGGACCAGUUUUUAAACCAAAAAGAACAUGCUACAGAAAUGGAUUUUGUCGCUCUCAUCCAGUAUCAUUUGUUCCGGAAGCAAAAGGAUAAAGCACUAAAAAUAUUUUCACAGCUUUUAUCUUCCCCAAAUAUAGAAAGAGAGCUGUUAACGACGGUUUUGAUUAAAUUGAAAUUUCAUCUGCUAAAAAGCUUCGACAUUUUGAAAAACGAUCUUCUAUCUUAUUUAUCAAACAACGCUGAUAACUACAUUCGAUUAGCUGAGGAAAGCUUCAACAAAGCAGCACAUCAAAGCAGCGUCGAAAAAUUGAGGGAAAAAUAUGAAAACAUCUUUUUCGAUGAUAUUACCGCCAUUGCGUCAAAACCCUGGGUGGCUCAAAAUGUAGAGAACUUCGUAAUCAACUCCCUGCCACAGUCGAAUAGUUGUAAGGGAGUUGAUAGCUCUAGAAGCUCUUCUAUGCAAACGCAAAAUGUCCUGAAGUCGCUUUUGAAUAAUGACAAAGAACUACAAGCAUUAAAGCUCCUAGAAACAUUAGAAUCUUUGCCACCCGACAGAGAAGAGUCUGCAGCAUUUGUAAAAAAAGCUAAUGCUCACCACUACAAUGUAUUUGUGGAGUAUUACAGCAAGAAAGCGCAGCGGACGCAAAACCCAAAGGAUAGGUCAAAAUAUGAAAAAAAAAUUGAAGAAGUUGUUACGCGAGUAAACGAACAAAAUGUGCGCUAUAAUAGCACGCUUCUUUCAUCCCUUUUACAGCACUAUAGAACAAAGGUCGAUCUUGACAACUGUUUCAUUAUAAUAAACCAAGUUCUUAACGUCAAAGACGUUGAGGUAAGCACUGAAAGUCCGUUUAAAAAUCUCAUGUCCUUUUUUGAGAGACGAGAAAUCACAAAAUCACUGUAUUAUCAGAUUUGGAAGACUUUUGCUCUCUACUACUCCUUUUUUGAUAAUGGGCUUGGCACCACAGAACUUCGCUCAAAUUACCGCGCAUGGAAAAGAAAUGUGUUGAAAGAACGGUCUAAAAUCAAUGUACACCCUUCUUGUAACUAUAGGGAGCUCUUUGAGGAGAUGGUUUUAAAAGACAAUGUAUUACCGGAUGCCCAAUUCUAUGAGACCAUAAUCAGGGCUCUUGUCCAUGUCCGAGAGUGGUCUUAUAUUCCAGCAGUAAUAAAAUACAUGAGUCAGAUCAAUGGCAUAAGAGUUGACAAAAAAUUACUAAGAUAUAUCAAUGGUGGUCUCCGAUUAGAAUACAUUGCCAUUGAGCGUGAGAAGCUACGAGAUGGCGGUUGCACAGUCCACGAAUUUACCACACCAAUAAUUAACAGUGCUCGCAGAGUUGUUGAGAAUAAAAUCAAAAGCGGAGAAAUAUUGAAUGAAUCAAACACAGACAGAGACUUCCAAAUUACGAAAAACAUUUUGGGAUUUCUCGAAGAGAUUCGUCCUGAUGAGCUCUUGCAAGUGCAGACAGCCCUCGAGCAGUUGGAUCUCCAUUAA